AGGGUAGGUGGAGCUUUAUACGUGUGUUCGUAUCCAUUUCUGCAUAAUGGAGUUUUUGUCUCUUGGUACAAGGACAAGUGUCGUUAUUCUUUACGAUUUAGUGAUUCACGAUACCCUUAUAAAUUACGGCACUGGGUGUAAUGCACUAUAGCAAAAUCUCGUUCUGUUACGAGUGUUCAUUACAGAAAUAGGUAUUGCCCAAAAACGUGCUUGCACUGUCUCUGAAACCCAUAGUAGAUAUGCUGCUUAGUUGUCAAUCAAGUUUUUAUAACCAAGUAUUUUUUACAAGCUAGCUAUUGAAUAAAUUUGUAUGUUUCUCAGUCAAAACAUAUGCCCUUCAAUGCUAACUUUCCUCUUUUAAUGACUUUCUGGUCAUUGCAAAUUCGGCCCCAUAAUUUCUUAUGGUGCGAAAACAGACAGAGGCCCAGGGACCGAAAACGAUUGCGUCACACUACGGCGGUAAUCCGGCAGUAAAACAUCUUCAUAUAUCCAAAAAGUAAAUAAUAAAGAUAUAUAUGCGCAUUACAAUUAUAACAAUUACAUGAAUAGCUGAUAACAAUCUGCAUGAAUAACUGGUAAACUGUUCUGCAAGACAGUUGAGUAUAGCAAUUAUUUACAAUAGGUACGAAAGUCAAGAUGUCGUAACGUCAUGAUACAAACUUAAAAGAACGUUCUAAUUCCGAAAAAUAAUUACUUAAAUUUGAGUCAGAGUUGAGUUACUUUUUCAAUAACGAAUAUUUUCAAAUUAAUCAUCAUAAAUAUGUAAAAUAUUGAUGUUUUACUAUUUAUUUAAAAAAUUAUCGAAGUGCACUCUUCGUCGUCGUCUUCUACAAAACAGUUGUUUACUCGGUGAGGAAAAGUUUUCAGAUUAUUGUGAUAAAAGUGCCCCAGCGUCUGUGGGUACAAGUGGUGUGCGGAUUUAUCACAGGAAAUGGUUAGUUUAUUGACACAAGCGACUCCGUAAACAUCGAGAUGGCGUCAAUCUUCUAAAUACCUCGAGUUGUAAGUAAAAAUGUUGAACGCGUUUUGGUGAGAUUUGCACUACGUUUGAGACCGUUUUCAGUACCCUCUGUUUAAAUCUUAAAAUUUGGCCUUAAUUUCUAACUUUGGAGAAAAUACUUACUUCGAAAGGAGAGGAGAGGUCUUUAGCUCCGUUUCUCACCAACAACAAGUCGCGACUGAUGCCCAUCUCCGGUGUCAGGACGCGUUAUAAUGUACUUUUUCGGAGGGUGGCAAGCGUUGAUUGUAGGUGGCCUGUUUGGCCUGCCGUGGUGUUUUACCCUAUGUGUGAUGCUCCACUAGAUUGCCAACGAUGAGUCAUUUUUCGUUGCGUCGUCUGCUUUAAUAUCAUCUACAAGUCCUAAGGUACAAAAUGUGGUACAUUAUUCUUAUACCUGUAGUUGCAGUGGCCAUUUUAAAUGUUGUAUACAACUGGCAGGCAGGACAUUGCCAUUCUCAAAGAAGGCUAGAUGGCAAGACUGCUUUGGUAACAGGUGCUUCGGCUGGUAUUGGUAAGGAAACUGCCUUAGACCUGGCUAGACGAGGGGCACGUGUUAUUCUUGCAUGCAGGAACGUAGAGAAGGCACAGCGCAUAGCAGAUGAAAUCAUAAAAGAAAGUGGCAAUAGCAAUGUUGUUGUUCGUGAAGUGGACACAUCAAAACUGAGCUCCGUCCGACAUUUUGCAAAUGAAAUUUUGAAAACUGAGACACAUCUUGAUAUACUGGUCAAUAAUGCAGGCAUUCCUGGGUCUUUACGCCGUACACUCACCACUGAUGGGCUCGAGUUGACAAUGGCUACUAAUCAUUAUGGACACUUUCUCCUCACCAAUAUCUUGCUAGAGUUAUUGAAGAAAAGUGCACCUAGCAGAAUAGUCAAUGUGUCCUCUGUGAUGCAUCACUACUGCGGAAAGCUUGAUCCUGAGGAUCUCAACUUUGAAAAAACUUCAUAUAACUUUUUUAAAGCUUACAACCAGAGUAAACUCUGCAAUGUUCUUUUCACACUGGAGUUGUCAGAAAGACUGCGGGGGUCUGGUAUUGUUGCCAACAGCCUUCAUCCUGGUUGUGUUCGUACUGAAAUAAAUUCAAAAGUUGGUGGCCUAUUUGGAUUCAUGCUAUCACUGCCUCAGUAUUUGAUAUCGAAGGACUCAAAAUUGGGAGCUCAGACAUCCAUACAUUUAGCAGUAUCAGAGGAAAUUGAGAGUGUUUCUGGGAAGUACUUUGUCGAUUGUAAGGAAUCUACUUGCUCCAAGUUGGGAAGCCAUCGUGGAAUGUCCAAGAAACUCUGGCUAGCUAGUGAGCUUGAUGUAAAGUUGGAACCUCAUGAGAGCAUAUUGUAUACAUCCUAGAAAACUAUUUUCUCACUGUUUUAGUUACUGUUUGGGUUUGUUAAAGUCUUUAGAAUGUAGUUGGUAAAUGGUUUUAAUUAUUGUAUGAGCCGACAAUUCAUUUGAGGUGAUUUCAGUCCAUUUUUAAUUGCUAGUAGUAUUUUGCAAUGCAAAUGUGGUUAACUACAAAUAUGGAGAUAUUUUUUAUAUAGUUAUUAGGUAGAGUUUUCUUCCUUCAUGUGUUUUAAGACUGAACCUUGUGCUCUGACCGAACAUAGAUUUCCAAUAUUUCACAUUGUUUCCUCUUUCUUUGAGUAUUGUAGUGCGUCAUCUGCAUUUAAAUUUGCAUGAUAUAAAUGCUGUGAUUACCUUUAUUUUUUUAUGUACUUUUGGUUUUGUUGACUCUGUAUACUUGUAUUUCAUGCAUAAUCAUUCAUUUUGUUUUACUUUUCUGAAAUUAGUAAUGAGAAAAUGUGUGGGUAUUAUCACAAAUUGGAAUACUUCCAAUCAUCUUAUGUUUUAUUCAUCAUUCAUAUGCUGCACAAAUGCCUUGUACUUUUCACACUCAAGAAGACCUGUUAUUUUGAAUACUAAUAGACACUUAUUGGUUCUCAGUGGAUUUUUGUAUUGAGAUGAGAUGUGAUUUUAAGUCUUAUCUGUGGGCUCAUUUGAUAUAUAGCUGGUUGCUGUUCUGUGUCUGAUUACAGCCCUCUCCUGCUGCCAGUUCAACUUAAUGAAGUAUGCCAGGUUUCCUCAUCAAAUUCAUUUAUAUUUCUAUGUGUUGAGAAGUUAUCAAUAUAGACCUUUGUUUUGCUUUUGCAAACGUUUAUUAUGUAAUGAGAAUUUUUCUCUCAAGUUGAGCAAACUUUGAAUUUAAAAGAGAUCAUCUGCUCUUUUUGGCUCCUUGUAUGGAAUGCUAUCUCCUUUCCCGUCUCCGAAUGAAAUGGCACUUUAUGAAGUUGCACUUCAAGGAAUGCUUCUUUGAUGACUUGGCAUAGGGUAUUCUCCAUCUUGUGCUUGCUAACCUUAAACAGAAUUCAGAUUUGAUGUACUUUACAAGUACUUAUUAAAUAUAGGAUAGUGCGUGUAAGAAUUUGAAUAAUUAAGGUAAACCUUUAUUCAUUUCUAGAGUGUGAAACAAAAUCUUCAUCUUGUCUUGCCUGGAUUCUUCAUACAUAUGCUGUGCCAUACUUUAGUUAUGAUGGUUUUGAAGAUUUUGAUAUAUGAUACUGACCAAAUAAAAGUUUAUAAAAAGCAAAUAUAUGAUUCGAUUUUGUGAAAACCAAACGUUCAGUGAGCUCUCUCAGUUCCAUUCAGUGAAUGGAUAGAGCCAAGAGCAUUUUAGUUUUCUUGAGUAAUAAAGAAAUACUAUGACUUUUUUAUUACAAAUUAGCUACACAUUUUAUUUUGAUAGAAUUUAGUAUGAUUUAGGAAAUCAUUGUGUUAAUGCGUAAUGUUAACUACUUAUAAUUGAAGUCCCUGUACGAUUUGCUUACUGACUGUGAUCAGCAAUGAAGUAUACAUUCAUAUGUCGCUCAGAACAAACAUACUACUUUUCAAUAAUAAAAACAUGAGUAUCAUAA